AUGCACGACCCGAAGGGCAAACUGCCCAUGGGCAAAGGCCCGCCGUCUGCAGAGCAGCAGGAGCGCCGCUGCGUCGCGUGCCUGGAAGACCCCCUGCACCACCCGGACGCCGCUGUGACCUUCCAGCUGCCGUGCGGCCACGACUUCUGCAACGGCUGCCUCAAGGCCCUCUUCCGCUCGGCUCCCUCAGACACCAGCCUCCUACCCGUCAUCCUGACUGUCACCACCAAUGUCUGUUGGUCUUCCCACAUCGACCAGGGCCUGGCGGAGCUGCUGCUGCGGCCGCAAGAGUACGAGGUGUUUCAGGCGCGGCUGGAGGAGCUGGAGUGCGCCGACAAGAUGUACUGCCCCGAGGCCGCCUGCUCAAAGUUCAUCAACCUGGAGAAGCUGCCGCGGCCCCUCGGGCGGCACGCCUGCGGCGGAUGCGGCGCCGAUGUUUGCACGGCGUGCAAGGCGCGGCUGCCGGCGUGCUCCUGCAUGAUGUGGCGCUAG